AAGGUCGUAUGUUUACACUUUAUAAAAAUCUGAAACAAGGUAACAAGUGUCACCAGGACUUAGAAUGUGUGUUAAACUGACAACCUGCUAGCCCAAUUCAACAAGGUAUUAUUUCCUUGUAUUGCCGGUACUGGCAGACGCAGCAAUGGAAAGUGCAGCUGAUUCUUGUGUGGCUUCCCUUGAUUCUCCAAAGGAGAGCUCUGAAGGUGCCACUGAAGCUCUAAAUGACGACUUAUCAAAUCGAGACAGCUCUGUUGCAUUGCUUUUAAAAACUGCAAAUCAAGAUCAACGUGAAACACAAAUAUUUCAUAUUGAUGACGUUUUAUCUGGCAUAAAAUUGGGUCAGUUUCAUUGGAGAAUGUUGGCCCUUGUAGGUGGUGGAUAUUUUGCAGUGUGCUCAGAGAUGAUGCUUUUUAUUUUCCUGACGACGGCUGUGAAAAAAGAAUGGCAACUUGGUGAUAUGGAUUUUCCUUGGCUCCCAUUCUGCACUGGAUUAACUGGCAUCAUUGGUGGUUACAUAGCAGGAGUUAUAAGUGACGCACAUGGCCGACGAUUGCCCUUUCUCUUUGGUAUUAUCUUCAUUGCUCUGUUUGGAGUGGUCUCAGCUUUUGCUCCUUCAUUUCUCUUAUUUAUAGCAUCACGAUGCAUGGUUGCUAUCGGUACAGGAGCUUUCGAAUCUGUGGGAUUUGUUUUGUUGUUAGAAUGCCUUCCUAAACAUCGUCGUGGAGCCAUACUGGUGAUAGUGACAUUGUGUGGUGCUCUGGGAGCUGUUACAGCGAGUGGAUUGAAUUGGUUGAUUCAGCCUCGGUUUGGUUGGCGAUGGUUUGUCUGUGCAUGUGCUGCCCCAGCGAUUUUACUUCUUAUGUUCCAACCAUUUGCAUUUUUUGAAAGUCCACGAUUUCUACUGGCAGUUGGCAAGAGAAGGGAAGCAGAAAAAGUUUUGCUUGCAAUUGCAAGAAUUAACAAAUGUUUUUUGCCAGAUCUGGAUAAAAUAAUAAGUCCUCCCUCCGUGAAGCCAAGAUUUGUUCUCUUCCAUUUGUUCACCGAGAAACUCAGGCGGCACACUUUAGCAUUUUCUCUGAUUUGGUUUCUUCAGGCCGCGGGUUACUGGGGUGUGACUGUCUACCUGCCAGAGUACAUGGACAAGCUCGGCGUUGACCCAUAUCUGAACAUGUUCUCCGUAUUCAUCGGGGAAAUCCCAGGUCUGUUUCUAGCCAUGAUACUCAUCGAAAGUCACAUGCUGGGUAGGAUACGGACACUGAGAUUUUUUUCUUCCCUGACUGCAGGCUCCCUACUUGUAUUCAGCAUCAUUCCUCAUCAUGCAUUUAAGGCUGUCCUCAUUAUAGCAUGCUACUUUAGUAUGGUUCCAAUCUAUUCCAUACUGAAUGCCUUUACCCCUGAACUCUACCCUACAGACAUUCGUAGUACUGCCAUGGCUUGGAUGAAUGUUCUUAUUGAGAUACCAGGUUUGAUAACUCCGUUUGCCAGCGCUUCCCUGGUAUCCAGUGAUCUACCCUGGCUCUAUCCAGUGACUUGGGGGAGCGUGUUCUUAAUUCAGUGCUUAUUGACACUAGCUAUCAAGACAGAAACUGCAGGGAAGGAGUUACGGGACUGUGUCAGUGAAGAUCAGAGUUGAUUAUGCUUUGGAUUUUAUUUAUUGUCUAGAGACUGGCAUAUGUAAUGCAGUAUUUCUCAAUGCAGGUAAACAUGUUGACAAAAUAGUUCUGUAUUAUAGAUAGAAUUAAUCAGUAUGUUAAGGAUGUUCUCAUGUUUACCACCAUGACAAACACACUGCACUGUGAGUCAGUAGAAAUACCAUCUACAAUGAAACAUGUUUGCUUUUAAAAUGUACACAGGUGCAAAUAUUUUUUAUGAAAAAUAUCUAUAGAGAUUUUAUUUACAGUUUUGAAAUACUCACUGUUACCAGGAAUAACAUGCACACACACAUACAUUUCUUUGAAUUAUUUUGAUGCUUUGUGAAACAGAAUUUAUCAUCAGGGACAAUGUUAUCUCCCCUUACUGCCAACUCAAAUGAUUUUUAUAUUUAUUUACAAUUUUAGUUGACAUUUAUUUAAUUAAAAUAUUUUAAUAUGUUGUGACACUUUUAUCUUGAGAAAUUAUUUCCCCUUGCAAAUAUUCUAUGACAUUUCAUCUUGAGAAACAAAUCUUUUCUCCAUGCAACGUCUGAUGUGGCUAAAUAGACCAAUGCUAUAGUCACAAGGACAGUCACAGCUUAUAGAUCUUAGAAGCAUCAGAGGAUGCAAUAUUUUCAGCUUAUGGUGUUUUAGAAUCUAGGACUGCUCUUUUAUAGCCCUCCAAGUCUGACUACUUGUGCCUUUUUUUUUCUCUCCCAACUGGUGAUCUCAAUCAGUGAUCUCAGUUGGUGAUCUCAAUCAGUGAUCUCAGUUGAUGAUCUCAAUCAGUGAUCUCAGUCGGUGAUCUCAAUCAGUGAUCUCAGUUGGUGAUCUCAAUCAGUGAUCUCAGUCGGUGAUCUCAAUCAGUGAUCUCAGUCGGUGAUCUCAAUCAGUGAUCUCAAUCAAUGAUCUCAAUCAGUGAUCUCAGUUGGUGAUCUCAAUCAGUGAUUGAUCUCAGUUGGUGAUCUCAAUCAGUGAUCUCAGUCGGUGAUCUCAAUCAGUGAUCUCAAUCAGUGAUCUCAAUCAGUGAUUGAUCUC